AUGGCAUUUGCUGAACUCUUGGACCGAGUGGGCGGCCAGGGCAGGUUCCAGGUCCUCCAGACGGUGGCCCUAAUGGUCCCCAUCAUGUGGGUCACCAUGCACGGCAUGCUGGAGAAUUUCUCAAGUGCCGUGCCCGACCACCGCUGCUGGGUGCCCCUCCUGGACAACAGCACAGCCCAGGCCAGCGUCCCUGGAGCCCUGGGCCCCGAGGCCCUGCUCACCGUCUCCAUCCCCCCAGGCCCCCACCAGGGGCUCCACUCAUGUCGUCGCUUCCGCCACCCGCAGUGGCAUCUCCUGGACCUCAAUGCCACCGCCACCAACUGGAGCGAGGCCGACACAGAGCCAUGCGUGGACGGCUGGGUCUACGACCACACCACCUUCACCUCCACCAUCGUGACACAGUGGGACCUGGUAUGUGACUCCCAGGCCCUGAAGCCCAUAGCCCAGUCCAUCUACCUGGCUGGGAUCCUGGUGGGAGCUGCUGUGUGUGGCCACACCUCAGACAGGUUCGGGCGCAAGCUGUUGCUGACCUGGAGCUACCUUCAGUUGGCCCUGGCGGGCACCGCGGCCGCCUUCGCCCCCACCUUUGCUGUGUACUGCCUGCUCCGCUUCCUGGUGGCCUUUGCCGUGGCAGGCAUCAUGAUGAACACAAGCACUCUCUUGAUAGAGUGGACAUCAGCACCAGCCCGGCCCUUGGCAAUGACCCUGAAUGCCCUGGGCUUCAGCCUGGGUCAGUGUUUGAUGGCCGCUGUGGCCUACGGUGUGCGCAACUGGGCCAUGCUGCAGCUGGUGGUCUCCACGCCUUUCUUUCUCAGUUUCCUGUACUCCUGGUGGGUGUGUCUCGCCGAGUCUGCACGCUGGCUGCUCAUCACUGGCAAGGUGACCCGGGGCCUUCGUGAGCUGCAGAGAGUGGCCAACAUCAAUGGGAAGAAGGCCGCGGCGGAGGCACUGACCAUUGAGGGCUUACUUUCAGCCAUGCAGGAAGAGCAGAGAGCAGGCCAGGCUCCAGUCAGCAUGGUGGCCCUGUUCCGCACCCCCGGCCUCCGUCAGCGGACAUGCAUCUCCAUCUUGUGCUGGUUUGCUUUUGGCUUCACCUUCUUCGGCCUGGCCCUGGACCUGCAGGCCCUGGGCAGCAACAUCUUCCUGCUCCAGGUGUUCAUUGGGGUGGGUGACAUCCCGGCCAAGUUAGGCACCUUGCUGCUGCUGAACCGCCUGGGCCGUCGCCCCACACAGGUCAUGUCCCUGGUGCUGUCUGGGCUCUGCAUUCUGGCCAACACGCUGGUGCCCCACGAGAUGGAGGCCCUGCGUUCAGCCCUGGCCGUGCUGGGCCUCAGCGGGGUGGGGGCCGUCUUCACCUGCGUCACCAUCUACACGGGCGAGCUCUUCCCCACCGUGCUCAGGAUGACCGCAGUGGGCCUGAGCCAGAUGGCGGCCCGUUCGGGAGCUAUCCUGGGGCCCCUGAUCCGCCUGCUGGGUAUGUACGGGUCCUCGCUGCCACUGCUGGUAUACGGGACAGUGCCUGUGCUGACUGGCCUGGCUGCGAUGCUGCUGCCCGAGACCCAGAACAUGCCGCUGCCCGACACCAUCCAGGAUGUGCAGACCCAGUGA